AUGCCGGCGUGCGCGAUGGGAAACGAUGCCGCGGAGCCGUACGCGAGCGCCGCGGGACGCGCGACGCAGGAGGUGCGGAAAGCGAGCGACGCGACGCGCGGGGGACGGGGAGAGAUCAGAGGAGAGACGCCGGAUUUGCCGCUGUCUUACGCUCGAAACGGCGGGACGUGCUCGACGAGCGAUGACUCGAGGCCGAGUUCGAGGAUGGCGAUGGGCAAGGAUGGGAAUUCGCGCGCGAGCGGGGACGGGACGACGUCGGGAAUGGAGGAAGAGCGCAGACGAGCGAGAGAGGCGACUCGCGCGUGGUUCUCGGAGCGCGCGGCGAACGGAGAUCUGGAGCUCAUGCGCGCGGAGUUACACUCGAUGGGACAGAAGGAGUUACAGCGCAUGUUUGUCGAGAUGUUUGACCGCGCGACGACGAGCAACAAUAAUCAGUGGUUGCGAAGACGAAUCGCCAACGGGUUGGGCUUGGAGGACGUCGCCGAGCACGUCGUGAGCUCGCAAGCCAAGUUGGCUUCGGCGACGAACGAACGCGUUCCAUCGAAGAGACAAAGUGCGCGUCGCAAUGCGGUGGAAACCGCGGCAGUAACACCGGCGGCACAGGCGACGCCGAACACGCGGGGCGCGGAGUCCCCGGACGAGGCGGCGGAGUUCACCCCUGAUGGCGUUCGCAAGUCUCGUCGAGCGGUGAAGCCGAAGGCGAUAUUUGAUUCCGACGCGUUUCCUUCCGCGGCCAAGGUGAGUGAGGAGCGUAGGCGAGAACGAAAGCGACAAGAGGCAUUGGAGCAGGCGGCGACGUGCGCGAGUGGUGUAACGACGGAUCAUCACGGCGGCAAGGCCGCCGUAGGACGCCGCGUGCGAGUGUACUGGCCUCUCGAAGGCAAGUUCUUUGCGGGUGUCGUCACUGCGUACAACGCGCGCACUGGCUUGCACCACAUCGACUACGACGACGGCGACAAGGAAGAAAUCAAGCUGGCGACGCCCGAACAGCCUCGCAAGUUUGAGGCCAUCGAGCACCCGGCGUUGGCGUCGACGCCUUCUCCGGCGAGUGACUGGCCUGCACUUACGAAUACUGUCGAUUCAUCGAUAUCGUUGUCUAUGCCGCAGCCGGGACGACCUGCUGAUAUUCUCAGUACGCUCCCGUCAAGCUGGCCGGCGGUGGGAUCGCUUGUGUGGGGUCGGGUGCGCGGUCACGGCUGGUGGCCCGGAGCGGUGCACGACAAGGACGCGAGUCACGACAUGCAAGAGAUCAGUUUCUUCGACAACAGUAGGGCUCGACUUCACCGCCACGACUUGUUGCCCUUUCAACAGUAUUACAUGGUGCUGCGCGACGCGAAAAAGACGCACGCGUACGCCGAGGCGGUUUCUCGAGCGGCGGAAACGUAUGAAAGCCGACGGCAGCGAACGGUGAAGCGACGUUCGAAGAAGGAAGAGCAAUCAAACGUCGAAGAGUCGAGUGAGCCGCCGAGAAUAUGGCAUUUCGAACGCGAGGGGGCAAAGAAGUCGCACAAGCGGUCGAAAGACGUUGACGUCGACGACGCAGGCGCGGCGAAGCGAGGCAAAGUGAACGAACACUCGACGACGGUAUUCGGUUCGAUUGAAGCUCCGAAGACUCUGAACGAUCUAAAUAAGAGCUUGGAAGAGAUGAAGGCCAAGAUGUUACCGCUCGCGAAAGAGAGCCGAAAGACGCUCAACAAACAUCUGGUAGACACCGCCAGAAAAGUGAAAACGGAGGCGGCUGACGACGACGAAGAGACACUGAUCGCCGCCGAUGAACGUGUCGUGGUGCUCGACGAGUUGGCGUCCAUCGAAUCCUUGAUUGCGUGGAGCGAAAACAAAGCUGCGAAGUCGCCCGCCAAGACUCCCGAUUUGUCCUUCAUGACAAAACGCGGCGAUGACAUUUCACCCUCGGACCCGAAAGGGCUUCUACGACAACCGAGUGAAAACUUGUUGUGCUUGGGUGAGAUUAGUGAGUUUUUCGACGGUACCGCGCGAGCGGAUCCCUUGGGAAUCGACGAUCCAAUUGUCGCCGAUUUGGGCGCGGACGAAGUCGCCAAGAUGACCGCGCCAUCCACGCCCGAGCAACACGGCAUCGAAGGCGAGGGCAGUCCGUUCGCAAAAAGCAACAUGAGUGACUCGUGCACCACGCUUCACGCCUCUUACGGUGACAAAAAGAUUAACGUCUCAGAGACGCCGGUGACGAAAGGAGCGCUCUCCGCCUGAGCGUAGAGGCGAUAGAUUACACAACAUUUUCCACCACCGUCCUCUUCGGUGGGUCCACUU